AUGCCGCGCGGCUUCCUCGUCAAGCGCAGCCGGCGCCCCGGCGGCUCCUACCGGGCGCGCCCGCGGGAGCGGGACCCGGACCGCGACCCGCCGCCCGCCCCGCCGCCGCCCCCGCCGCCCGCCGCCGGGGACAGCCCCGCCGCCAGGCAGGGGGCGGAGGAGGAGGAGGAGGGCGAGGAGGAGGAGGGCGCCGCCGCCGCCGCUUGCCCCGCGACGUGGCCCCCCGGCGGCGGCUGCGGCGGCCCCGGGCUCGCCCCGCCGGAGGGGCCGGCCGCCUGGGGGGCGGCGGGGCCGUGCAGCGCCGCGGGGCCGCGGGCGGCUCUCUUCGAGCGGUGCCUCAGCUCCCCCGCCUCCGCCGAGUCCUUCCCCCUCGCCGCCUCCUUCCCGCCCGCCGAGAAGCUGCUGCUGCAGCCCCGCACGCCGCUGCCCGCCCCGCCGCCGCCGCCGCCGCCGGUGCCCGCGCUGAAGCGGCCGUCGCGGGCCAAGGCGCCGGCCAAGAAGGGCAAGGCCACGCGGAAGCUCAGCUUCGCCGACGAGGUGACCACCUCGCCCGUGCUGGGGCUGCGCAUCAAGGAGGAGGGGCCCGAGGGCCGGCCGGGGCCGGGGCCGGGGCCGGGGCCGCCGGCGGGGCGCACGCCGCUGGGCGAGUUCAUCUGCCAGCUGUGCAAGGAGCAGUACGCGGACCCGCUGGCGCUGGCCCAGCACCGCUGCUCCCGCAUCGUGCGCGUCGAGUACCGCUGCCCCGAGUGCCACAAGAUCUUCAGCUGCCCCGCCAACCUGGCCUCGCACCGCCGCUGGCACAAGCCGCGGCCCGGCCCCAGCGCCGACGGCUCCGCCGCCGCCGCCGCCGCCCCGCCGGGCAAGGAGAACAGCCCCGAGCGGCGGCCCCGCGGCCUCACCGCGCCCCUGCCCCAGCCGCCGCCGCCGCCCCGUCAGCACCGCGGCGGCGCGGACAGCGCCGGCGGCGCCCCGGCCCCCCCCGGCCCCGGCCCCGGCCCCGGCCCCGGCCCCGCUCCGGGCGGCGCUGCCGCUCCCGGCCCCGGCGGCGGCCCCGGCGGGGAGGCCUUCGCCUGCCCCUGCUGCCAGAAGCGGUUCCGGCGGCAGGCCUACCUCCGCAAGCACCUGGGUACCCACGGGGCGGCGCGGCCCGCCGCCUACGGCCCGCCGGAGCGCGGGCAGCUCGCCUUCGCCUGCCACCUCUGCGGCGCCCGCUUUCCCUCGGCGGACAUCAGGGACAAGCACCGGCUGUGGCACGCCGUGCGGGAGGAGCUGCUGCUGCCGCCGCCGGCCGGGCCCCCCGAGGGCGGCGCGGCGGGCGGCGAGCGGCAGGGCUUCCCCUGCAAGCACUGCCCCGCCACCUUCUUCAGCGCGCCCGGGCUGGCGCGGCACGCCAGCAAGUGCCACCCGCCGGAGAGCAGGCAGGUCCUGCUGCUCCAGGUGCCCGUCCGGCCGGGCUGCUAG